GCCAGAGUGUGGAGGCUCGGCCUGAAGCCCGGUGGGAUAUGGCCGGCUGCGGGGCCUCGCUGUCGAGCUUCUUCUUCGAGUAUGACACUCCGCGCAUCGUGCUCAUCCGCAGCCGCAAAGUAGGGCUCAUGAACCGAGCUGUGCAGCUACUCAUCCUCGCCUACGUCAUCGGAUGGGUGUUUGUGUGGGAAAAAGGCUACCAAGAGGUAGACUCAGUCGUCAGUUCCAUCACCACAAAGAUGAAAGGUGUGGCCUUGACCAACACCUCGGACCUGGGGAUCCGGAUCUGGGAUGUGGCCGACUACGUGGUUCCGGCUCAGCAGGAGAAUGCACUGUUUAUCAUGACCAAUAUGAUUGCUACCUUGAAUCAGAGGCAGGGCACGUGUGCCGAGCUUCCAGAUGACAAAACUAUGUGUAAGUCAGACGAUGACUGUGCUCAUGGCUCCAUUGAUGUCCAUAGCAACGGGAUAUCAACGGGAAGAUGUGUAAACUAUAAUACUCAUGUGAAGACAUGUGAGGUGAUUGCUUGGUGUCCAGUGGAGAAUGACACCUAUGUACCCCGACCUGCCUUUCUGAAGGCUGCAGAGAACUUCACCCUCUUGGUUAAGAACCACAUCUGGUAUCCCAAGUUUAAUUUCACCAAGAGGAAUAUCCUUCCCAAUACCAGUGCCACCUACCUCAAGUCAUGCAUCUAUGACGCCAAGACAGACCCGUUCUGCCCCAUAUUCCAUCUUGGCAAGAUAACGGAAAGCGCAGGACAGAGCUUCCAGGAGAUGGCUGUGGAGGGGGGCAUCAUGGGCAUUCAGAUCAACUGGGACUGCAACCUGGACCGGGCCUCCUCCCACUGCCUGCCCAAGUAUUCCUUUCGCCGCCUGGACAACCAGGACUCGAACCACACGGUGUCCCCAGGCUAUAACUUCCGGUUUGCCAAAUACUACAAGGACGCAAAUGGCACCGAGACUCGGACUCUCAUCAAGGCGUAUGGCAUUCGCUUUGACAUCAUCGUCUUUGGAAAGGCUGGGAAAUUCGAUAUCAUCCCCACCAUGAUAAACAUCGGCUCUGGACUGGCCCUGCUUGGAGUGGCCACAGUCCUGUGUGACAUUAUAGUCCUGUACUUCAUGAAGAAGAAAUUUUACUACCGAGAGAAGAAAUACAAAUAUGUAGAAGAUUAUGAUCAGGGUCUCAAUGAAGCCUUCAGAACCGAAUAAUGAGGUCAGCCCUGUGGCACCCAGGGCUGGAAUCAGCCCCGGCCUUACACUGCAGUCGGGGUGCUCCCCUCUGCAGGAUGCCAAGGCAGGGAAGAUCAGCCACCCCUCGGAGAAGGCCGGACCUCCUCCAGCAGCCUCGACUCACUGCCUCCUUCUAGAUCUCCAAGAUUGCCUCCCCAAGUGUCCUAUGCUGUACGUUUGUUUGCCGAGUAAAUGGGUUGUGACUUGGUCUCAUUUUGCUGCUCAA